AUGAGUGUUCUAUCAUUAAAGCAUUCAUAAAAUAGUGGAAGAAAAAAUAAAACUGAACCUGAUAAACUUAAUAAAUUUUCUUAAAAUGAUAUGAGAGGUAUUAAAAUUUUAAUGUUUUCCCAGGUCCAUUUAUAUAUGAGCCACUUUAAAAUAUAGCACAUCCAAUAUAACCUGAAGAUGAUAUUUCAAUAAAAGAUCCAACAUUGAAAACAGUUGAUAAAUCAAGGAUUUCUUAAUCUUAUUAUAGAAAUAACUCACCAUAAUUAAGUAUUAGGUCCAAAACUUCUUAAAGCGAGCCUGAGGAUAGUCCCUUUGUAUUAAGUUUCCCACUUAAAUAAUAAGAAAAUAUUCGUAAGAGAUCUAAGAGCAAAUAAAUUUAAUAUUUUGUAGAGAAACUUAGAAAAAGGUUUAGAAUAGAUAGCAUGGCUAAAAAUUUUUAGUAUCUAUAUGAUUAGGAAAAUAAUUUCAUAGAUAAUAGUUGUAAGUGAAAUAUCAUAUUUAGAGGGACCUUGUUACCAUCUUCUGCAAUAUUACAAAUUUGGAAUGUAAUUUUCUAUAGUUUGUUACAUGUGAUAAUGAUAUUUAUUCCUUUAUCUACAGCUUUAGAUAUCUAAGACCUUAAUUAUCUUUUUGUAUGCUUCAAAUUAUUAGACAUUGGAAUUUAAUUAAGCAGUUCUUUUACUUUAAAGGGUUUAUUAAUAACUAGUUUCAAAUAAAUAUCAUUAAGAUAUUACAAAUAGUGUUUGUGUUUUGAUGCAGUAUUUUCUUAGCUUUAUAAAUUAGUUUGCAAUAAUAGGAUUAGUAUUCUUGAAUACAUUACCAUCAUCAAGCUAAUUCUAUGUACUUACACUAAUUCUGAUCAGUUUAAUUAAGAGAUAUUAGGAGAUAGAAAUAUUUUUAAAAUUGUAAGUAAAAAAUGAUUUAAUAUAUUAGCGAAUAUAACUUAUUUUCUCCUUACUUAUAAAUUAUAAAUAGUUUAAUAAAGAUAAUAUUACUAAUUCAUAUAAUAACCUGCUAUUAAUAUGGAUUAUUUUAUCAUAGUAAUUUGUUGUUUGAUUCUUAUAUGUCAACUUUUAGCAUAGUAAUUUCUAUAUUUACAUUUAAUUCAAAUUAUUCACCAAAUGAUCAAAAUGAAAUGAUAUUUUACAGUUUUGUCGCAUUUGGCUCGAUCAUUAGCUUUGCUUAUUUGUUAACACAAUGUCUAAAUCUUUUUAAAAAUACAAGAUUUUCUUCUGAACUAAGUGAGUUUUUAGCAAUUAAUAAAUUAGAUUCAAAUUUAAAGUGCAAGAUUAUUAAUCAUAUAUUAAAUCAACCAAAAUUAUAUCAUAAUUAAUUUGUUUCAAAAUUAUCAGGUCAAUUACUUUAAGAAUUUAAUAGAAUAUAGAGAUUCUAAUUACUGACUAAAUAUUUUAAAUAUUAUAAUAUAAAUACUAUUUAAACACUGAUAAACUUUAGUGAAGAUGUUAUAUGUUAACCAAAUUAAAUUAUAGUGACAGAAUCUGAAUAUGAUGAUUGUUCAUUGUAUUUCAUAGUUGAAGGAAAUUUUAAGAUAGUAAACAAGAUGGGAAUUCAACUAUAAAUUUUAGGAGUAAUAUAGUAAAUAUUUUUUUCAGCCAGAAUAAACGUUUGGUGAAAUCUCCUUUUAUACUUAAUUACCUAGAUCUGCUACAGUAAUAAGUGAAGGAGUUUGUAGAUUAUUGAAAUUAAGAAGGGACAUAUUUCUUAAACUAUUAACUUUUAGUGAUAAAGUAUAAUAUACAUAUAAUUAUUAGUAAUAUUUCUAUGCUAUGAAAGAUAGAAUUAUAAUCCAUAAAGAUUUACCUUGUUAAUGUUUUUGUUGUUCUUCAUUUGAUCAUUUAAUAACCAAAUGUCCUUUGUUAACUUAUUGUCCAGAUAAAGAAAAAGUUAUUAAAGCUUUGAUAUAUCCAAGAAGAAAUUUCAGAUAAGAACGUAAUGACGUUUGUUAUAUAUUUAAUUAGAUAAAAGAAGAUUAGUAAAAGACACAAAGGCUUAUGAUUUUACAAAAGAUGCCGAAGCAAAUUAAGAUUAUUUAUUAUAAUUGUAUUAGGAGCAUCAUUUUUAAUCAUCAAAUUAAUUUAGCUAGUCUAAUUUACCAUAUGAUGAUGUUUAUAUUAAAGAAAGCUAUGCUUCAGGAUAAAGUUUUAGUAGAUUAAGUAGAGAAAAAUCCCUUUUAAAAAGCACAUCUUUAUUAAAAGAAAAAUCAUUACAUGAAUAAUAGUAAUCUAUCAUGAAUGAUGUGUAAUUAUAUUAAAACUAUUAUCGAGUAGAAGUUAUUAAGAUACAUCUGAGAAACAAUAUAUUCUGCAUUAAGGGGAAAUGGAUGAUGAGAAAUUCAUCAAUCUUGUUAGGAAAGAUUAAUAGAAGAAUACAUUUGCAACUGCUGGUUUUGGAAAUGCUGGAUAGCAAUCAAUUAAAGAUUAAAAAUCAUUAAAAAUAAUAGUAGAGAAUGAAAGUUCAGAAAAUUCACCUUCUUUAGAUAAUGCAUUAGAUUUGGGAAAUUAAUUAUAGAGAAAUAAAGAUCCAAAAUUAACAUUUAAUUAUAAUUUUGAUAAUUAAAUGAGUGAUUUAUAGAACAAAUAUCAAUAAUAUUAAAGGAAUGCUACAGAAUCUAAUCAUUCUAUGAAACGAUAAGAAAAUCGAUAACCUUCAAUUCGAUAAAAUUCUUCAAGAUCUCAAACAUAUAGUCCAAUAACAUCAAAUAACAUAACAGCAAAUUCAUUAAGAUCAUAGAUGAAAUAAAAUGAAAAUACUUAGACAGCAUCAGGUAUUCAUAGAAGGUAAAUAAUAUAUAAAAAUUUAGAUCAAUAUCAGGAGUGAUUAAAUAAUAUACUGAUAGUCCAGAGUUAUAGAGUAAAAGAGGAACAAAUAGAAAAAAGUCAACAAAGACAGGUACUAAGAUAUCUGUAAUACAUUCUUAGUUUUAACCAUUUAGUGGAUUUGAUGUAUAAAUCAUUUUAAAAUUAUUAGAAUCCAGUUGGUUAUAAUUUAGGAGAUAAUGAUUUUGAAAAGCUUUACUAAUUUGAAAUAUAUUUACCUUAUAAUAAUUAUGAUGUAGUAAUUUAUAAGUAAAUAUUAAAUAUAAAUUUAGGUUGAAUUAGUUUAAUAAAAAUAAAAGAUUAAAAAGGUUAUCUAGAUAUUUUUUAUCAUUUAGAUUAGCUAAAUAGAUAUAAAUAUUAAAAGCAAGAUAAUAAUAGAAUUGA